AUGGAGGAACCAGCUCCCUUGCGCUGGUCGGGCGCGUUUCCUGUCGUUCAUCCAUCAGCUGUAGCAACCAAGAACCUUAGAGGCGACAAGAUCCUACUUCCUCAGUCCGCCCUCGAACAGUUGCUUGCUGCAGCGCAAUCCCGACCCUCCAAUACCUCGAGCCGAUCAGACCCUUGGUCUUAUUCCACAGCAUCACGAAGCGAUGCCGAUAGCGCACAGCAGUUACCGAAUCCCCUUACGUUUCGCCUCGUCAACCCGAAGAAUAAUAAUGCGGUCUUUGCGGGUAUCAGGGAGUUUUCAGCUUCCGAGGGAACUCUGGGGUUGAGCUCGUGGUUGGCGGAAGCUCUUGAAGUGCAAGAGGAGGAUUGCUUAUCACUCAGCCAAACGGAAGACUCCAUUGAAAAGGACCCGGCGCUUUUCCAGGAGGGAAACAUGGACAUGGACGGUAUUCAAAUCAAGGUCGAGGCGCGACAACUUCCGAAGGGCACCUAUGUGCGACUUCGACCCUUGGAGGCGGGGUACAAUCCGGACGAUUGGAAGCCACUGCUCGAACGACAGCUCAGAGAAAACUUUACUACACUCAGCACAGGCGCCAUGUUGACAGUGAAGGGCGCACGUGGUGAGGAGUUCAAGCUGCUUGUGGACAAGGUUGCUCCUGAGGGAGAUGGCAUCUGUGUUGUGGACACAGAUCUUGAGGUUGACAUUGAGGCUUUGGAUGAAGAGCAGGCCCGGGAAACGUUGAGACGCAUCAUGUCAACACAACGAGGAACAUCGGGCGGUAGCUCUUCAGGCGGAGAGAUUGAUAUAUGGAAGCCAGUUGAUGGGCAGGUACUCGAGGGCGAAUAUGUGGACUAUGUCCUGCCAUCAUGGAACCGAUCUCAGCCUCUCGUCAUCGAGUUGAGCACCAGCGAAGACGAGGAUGCACUGGAUCUUUUCAUCACGCCAAAGUCUUCCCGACAGCGAGCGCCCCCGCGAGAAACAGCCCAUGUAUUUGGCGAUUUCUCUCCAGCGACGAAUGGAAAGAAAACUGUUGUGUUAAGUCCCACCAACGUGGAACUUGAAGGGGCCGAGCAGAUCUUGAUAUCCGUCCAUGGCUAUAAACAUCUAGACGCCGGGGAGAGCUCUACACAGGCACUUCAAUACUCAUUACGAGCCAGCGCCAACUUGCCAGACGAGCAGUCCGGGUCGAAUGGGGUCGACGGACAGGAGCACUCUCCUGAAGAUGUUCAAUGCAGCAACUGUUUACAGUUUGUCCCCAAGCGAACCAUGGUUCUUCACGAGAGCUUCUGCCGAAGAAACAAUAUCGUGUGUCCAGGCUGCAAGUCGGUUUUCAAGAAGGGUUCUCCGGAAUGGGAGGCACACUGGCACUGCGAGAAGGACGACGCAUUUGGAAACUCGACACAUAGCAGAGCGAAGCACGACGACGUCUUCCACACACAACGUCAAUGUCCUCACUGCGAGUUCUCGACCAAUUCGCUAGCUGAUUUGGCAAGACAUCAGACGAGCGUGUGCCCUGGAAAGCUUAUUCUCUGCCGAUUCUGUCACCUCGAGGUUCCCCAGGAAGGCGACCCAUUCAAUCCCAGUCCGGAGGUGGUGCUUUCUGGACUGACGGCACAUGAGUUGGCAGAUGGCACUCGAACAACGGAAUGCCACCUUUGCGACAAGAUUGUUCGACUUAAAGAUAUGGAGACACACCUUAAGCAUCAUGAGCUUGAUAAAGUGUCCCGGGUGAAGCCGCCUAUCUGCCGCAAUGCAAACUGUGGGAGAACAAUGUUUGGCGUUGGCCCAAGGGGUCAGGUCAGGCAGGCAGCUUCAACUGAGCAAGCCCAAAACGAUAUUGGGCUCUGCUCGAUCUGCUUUGGCCCUUUGUACGUGAGCAUGCACGACCCAGAGGGAAAGGCGCUACGACGACGAAUUGAGAGGCUUUAUCUUCGCCAGCUCAUGACGGGAUGCGGCAAGGCUCACUGCGCAAACUCGUGGUGUAAGACAGGACGAGCCAACGCAGGACUCGACCCGAAGCCCUCGAGUGCGAGGGAAGUUCUCCCUCUAGUGAAGCCGCUUCUUGCCAGCAUUCCGAAUAUGGACGAGCCGCUAUACUUUUGCGCCGAUGAGACGAGUCAGAGGAGUCGCAAGCUUGCAGAGAUGAUGUCCAGCGAGGGCGUCUGGGAUCUGGACUGGUGCAUCGCUGCGGGCGAAGCUGAGAAAGGGAACAUGGAUAAGAUGAGGGACUGGUUGCAGGCUUGGGCACCAACAAGAUAG